GUGAUCGUCAGUUUUCUCCCAAUCGUCGAGCAAGCAACAUGAACGGAGUGAAAUCAUUGUACUUUUUGGGCAUUGUUCUCAUGGGCUUGGCUGCCAUCCACGCAGCUGAUGAGCAGCAUGUUGUUGGAGGUGUCAGCCAGUUGGAGGGCGACAAAAGGAAGGAGGCUCUUACUCUCCUGGACGCUACCCUGUCCACUUUGGCCACCGGAGAUGGUCCCAGCUACAAGGCAAUUAAUGUGACCUCUGUGACUGGUCAGGUUGUCGCUGGAACUCUGAACACCUACGAGGUGGAGCUGGACAAUGGAUCCGACAAGAAGCAGUGCACCGUGAAGAUCUGGACUCAGCCCUGGCUGAGCAAGGACGGCACCAACAUCAAGAUCAAGUGCGCCGGUGACGAUGGCGAGUUGGACCGCACCUGGUAAAAGGUUUUCCUGUCUUCAUUGUGAAUCGGUUGAACAAAAACUUCAAUUUCUAUGAAAAAUAAACAAGGCUUAUGGCUGUAUAAAACUGAUUUUAUACAAA